AGUACUCCCGCUCGAACUCAUCCAGAAGGUGCUCCUAGUCUCAGACCUGCAGACCCUCAUUAACUUUCAACACGUCAACAGGCGAGGUAUGGAAGUCACAAGGUCAAUUCCAGCUUACAAGAACUUCACGAAGCAUUCAUUUGAUGCACUCCGGGGAGCUUUCAGUAUCAAGACGGCACAGUGGAUCACCUGAGACUCUAUACGAAAAGCUGUGCACGAAGAACUGCGAAGAAUGCGGAGAUUUUGGCGGCUACCCCUACCUGAUCACUUGCAAGCGCCUUUGCUUCACAUGCUUCUCGGAAGACAACAGAUAUCUGCCAAUGCGUCUCAGCCAUGCAAUAAAACGAUUCGGAUCCAAAAUCCGUGAUCUUGGUACGUUGCCUUACAUGAGGAGCGUACCUGGCAUGUACACUCCACCGGAUGACAAGGUUCCUUUGGAAGAAAAGGUUCUAGAAGAGUUGACCUUGGUGGACUAUGAGUCCGCUUAUCGUGUCGGCACACGAGCGAUGCAAAAGAAAGACGACGUGAUGAUGGCACAGCCAGUCGGAUCACGAAGAAAGAGACGGCCUAUCUAUCCAGUCGACCUAGAUCCUUAUAAUCCACUCCAUUACACGGCAGUCGUGCGUCAGCCUUGGUUUGAUAUUGCGUCUGGAAAGGUGGUUCAUGGGUUUCGUUGCAUCGGAUGUCGAGACUUCUAUGGAUACCGUCCCGUCAAUCAUCGACGCAAGUUCACGCGGCAAUCAUUCAUUGAGCACCUGCGACAGUGUGGGAACAUACUAAAUGGAGAGCAUUGCCAAGAUGAGUCGUGCAAAGGCUGCGAGAACAUUGAUAGCCACGGAUCUUCCACGAGACAAGGAACAAUUGAAAAGACCGGCGACAUACAAGCUCUGAAUGACAUUGCCCACAUGCGCGACGAAGCCCCAGGCCAGCCGCCUGGCAACCCAAUUUCUAAAUUCUACUGUCAGUGGCGGCAUUGCCAUUUUCAAAAAUGCAAGCAGAGACGAAAUGAUAGAUGGUGGAUUGGAUGAAAAACAGAGCAUCAUGGCCGGUAGCCUGCCAUGAGGCUAGUCAGCAGUUCAGCAUCCGCCGAUGUAUUCCGGCAUUAAAACUAAAGUUUGCGGUACACUCCAAUAUUGAACAACCGAAAUCAAGUUGGCUUUACUGUCCUUGAGCUCUGCAUACCAACCGGCGAACAAAGGAAUGACAGGUCGUGUGAGGCCGGUUACAAUCCUUGCAAUCCUUUUUCGAGGCGCAAGAAUAUGAAAAGCUUCCUCAAUUUCAAGGCGAAUACGGUAUCAACUCCCGCUAUUACAUGCAGAGUAUCCUGGGCGUUCUUAUGAGGGGAGUUCUUUUACUUUAUUUUCAUCACUUCACUUUCAUAGGCUACAAUUGAACACUCA